AUGGCGCGAACACUUCCACCGGAAUACGAGAUUCGCGUUUUGGGGCCAGAACACGAAGAAUGGGCCAGGUCCAUUUGCCUCUACACCAACAUAUUUUAUAGUCCGCUGUGGCCAGUCGUGUAUCCCGAGAACAAAACGCAGCGACUCUACCAGUCGUUCCACGCCGCGCACUAUUUGAUCAAACACCAAAUCGAUUCGGGCUACUCCCUCGGGAUUUUCCACAAAAAUUAUGAGUUCAAGAGACCCGAAUCGGCCACCACUGGCGGCAAGCUUUACUGGGAUUUCGAUUGUGAGAGUGCGACACCAAGCGAGUUGGAGGAGCAAAUGGAUUUCCCACUCGUUUCAAUCGCCAUGGCAUACGAUGGCAUCAACGAGCUUGACAUGAACCAACUUAUGCCACUCCUGGGAGCUAUGCCGCUGUUUGCGACCCUCGUCAAGGCCAUCGGAGAUCUGGACCCGCGUGAUCCCGUCUCGUGGAAGCCGACCGGGCCCAGGCAGUUGCUUAUGCGCAAUGCGACAAACACCAUGAAAGCACAUUCAGGCCGUGGGCUGAUGAGACUGCUGGCGGAGGAAAUGAUGCGACGGUCAGUGGCGGAGGGAUUCCGUGGGAUACAGAUUGAGACUGCGCAUGAUGCUGUGUGGAAGGUGUGGUCGAACCCCCCGGCCCCCUUUCGGGGGACAACCGUCUGUCAGUUCCACACCAUGGAAUAUGUGGAGAAGGGAGAAUCCCAGGCUGUUUAUCCUUUCCGACCGGCAGAUCUCCCGAUUACGCGAAUAUAUGUAGACCUGAGGGCUGAUCAACUGGGGUGUUGA